GGCUCCCAAGUGUUACUGUAAUUAAUUAACGUUGUUGUUGUUCUCCGACUUGAAGAACUCAACAAGAAGCAGCAGCAGACUCUUUUUGUUCUCCCCGACCACACUAAGCUCACAUUACUCAUAAUGUUUGGCCUCUAAUUACUUUAAUUUAGUUAUUAGUAGUAAUCACAUCGGAGUCAUGUCUACCGCCGACGUGAACGGAAACGAGGAUUACGUCACCCAGCCACUCCUGCUCCACCGAUCACCUUCCAACCUCACCUCUCAAGUUGCCAUCGUCGGCUCCAAUCUCUGUCCUAUCGAAAGCCUCGACUAUGAGAUAAAUGAGAAUGAGUUGUUCAAGGAAGACUGGAGGAGUAGAGGCAAAGUACAGUUUGUUCAAUAUGUGUUCAUGAAAUGGAUACUUUGUUUGUUGAUCGGAUUCAUUGUUAGUGCUAUUGCUUUCUGUAACAAUCUUGCUGUCGAGAAUCUCGCUGGCAUGAAGUUCGUUGUCACUUCCAAUAUGAUGUUAGCUCAAAAGUUUGCGUCGGCCUUUGCUGUGUUUGCUGCUUCCAAUUUUGGUCUUACCUUGUUUGCUUGUUUAAUUACUGCUUUUAUUGCUCCCGAAGCUGCCGGUUCUGGCAUUCCUGAAGUUAAGGCUUACUUGAAUGGCGUUGAUGCUCCAGCUAUUUUCUCUCUCAAAACACUUCUUGUUAAGAUAGUCGGUAGCAUUGCUGCUGUCUCGUCAUCUCUUCACGUUGGAAAGGCAGGACCAAUGGUGCAUACUGGAGCAUGCAUUGCUGCAAUCACAGGUCAGGGAGGGUCUAAGAAAUAUAAAUUAACAUGGAGAUGGUUACGAUAUUUCAAGAACGACCGAGACAGGAGAGAUCUUGUCACAUGUGGCUCUGCUGCUGGGAUGGCUGCUGCUUUUCGUGCCCCGGUUGGUGGUGUGCUGUUUGCUCUUGAAGAAAUGGCAUCUUGGUGGAGAAGUGCACUUGUAUGGAGAUCUUUCUUCACAACAGCUGUUGUCGCCAUUGUGCUCCGGGCAUUAAUUGAUAUCUGUUUGAGCGGCAGAUGUGGACUAUUUGGAACUGGGGGUCUUAUAAUGUAUGAUGUGACCUCCGCUAAUGUAACUUAUCAUCUUUCUGAUGUUCCUCCGGUUCUUCUUCUUGGAGUCAUAGGAGGUAUUUUGGGGAGUUUGUACAAUUAUAUUUUGGAAAAGGUACUCCGGUUGUACAAUCUGAUUAAUGAAAAAGGCAUUGCUUAUAAGAUACUUCUUGCUUGCUCGAUUUCCAUUCUUACAUCCUGUCUUCUGUUUGGAUUACCGUGGCUUGCAUCUUGCCAGCCUUGCCCUGCUGAUGCAUCAGAACCUUGCCCAACAAUUGGUCGAUCUGGUAAUUACAAGAAGUUUCAGUGUCAACCUGGUCAUUACAAUGAUCUUGCAAGCCUCUUUUUUAACACAAAUGACGAUGCAAUCAAAAACUUAUUUAGUAAAGACACCGACGCUGAAUUCCAACACACAUCAAUUAUCUUAUUUUUCAUCACCUGCUUCUUCCUCAGUAUCUUUAGUUAUGGAAUCGUCGCUCCUGCUGGUCUCUUUGUUCCCGUAAUUGUGACCGGCGCUUCUUAUGGACGCUUUGUUGGAAUGUUGGUUGGUUCACAUUCAAAUUUAAACCAUGGUCUUUUUGCGGUCCUAGGUUCCGCUUCAUUUCUUGGGGGAUCGAUGAGGAUGACUGUUUCAUUAUGUGUCAUUAUCUUAGAAUUAACCAAUAAUCUUCUGUUGUUACCGCUGAUAAUGAUUGUCCUUCUGAUUUCUAAGACAGUAGCUGAUGCGUUCGAUGAAAAUAUAUAUGAUCUUAUUAUGAAGUUAAAGGGCUUCCCAUAUCUAGAAACUCAUGCUGAACCAUACAUGAGACAGUUGACAGUUGGAGAUGUUGUCACAGGUCCACUACAGCUCUUUCAUGGCAUUGAGAAGGUUGGUAAUAUAGUACAUGUUCUGAAGACUACAGGGCAUAAUGGUUUUCCUGUGAUAGAUGAAGCUCCAUUUUCUGAAUCCCCUGUAUUAUUUGGUCUGAUCCUUCGUGCUCAUCUUAUGACAUUGUUAAAGAAAAAAGCUUUCUUGCUUACUCCUGUGCGAACAGAUAUUAGUGCUUUCAAGCACUUCUCAGCAAAUGAUUUUGCCAAGAAAGGUCUUAGCAAGCGUGACAACAUAGAAGAAAUUAAGUUGACUGCAGAAGAGAUGGAGAUGUAUAUCGACUUGCAUCCGUACACCAAUGCUUCACCUUAUACUGUUGUGGAGUCGAUGUCAUUAGCGAAGGCACUCAUACUUUUUCGAGAAGUUGGUCUGAGACAUCUGAUGGUGAUACCCAAGAUAUCCGGCAAAUGGCCAGUGGUGGGCAUAUUGACAAGGCAUGAUUUCAUGCCAGAACAUAUACUGGGUCUGCACCCGAUGUUGUCAAGUAGCAGGUGGAGAAGAUUAAGGAUCAACUUCUCGCAAACGGACAGAAGGGUUUAGUGGCGCCUCAGCCUGAGAGCUCAGUAUAGGGGUUCACUUGUGACCAAAUUUGUGCACAAAGCUUUACAUCAUUAACCUUAAAGGGCCAGAUGAAGAUUCUAUUGUGAAUUUACUUGUAGAAUACAGAAUAGAAAGAUGAUAGAGAUGUUAAGAUUAUCACAACUUUUUCAUAAUUACAACUCUUUAGUUAAGAUUUUUACCUUUUUUAAGUAAAUAUUUUAGCUAGCUACAAUUUCUGUAUUUUAGCUAGCUACAAUUUCUGCCACAUCGAAUUUGAUUUUAGAAUGCUAGAUCUAUGUAGACCUGCAAGUACAUAUUCUGUCCUUGCGUUCUUACCA